AUGUUAGCAUCGGAUUUUUAUAAAAUUAUUAAUUCUGAAAACUCUAGGGUAGAAUUUCUUCAAAACCAUGGUCUAUUGCCGAAAGAACAUGAAAUUAAUAACUGCGAAAAAUAUGGUGUUGCUACUAAAAUUUGUUUACGGAAAAAGAGAUUAGCAUCUGGAGAGACGAGAGAAUAUAAAUUUAUCAGGUGCGUAGUAAAAGGGUGUCAAACUUUCAAAUCAAUUGGAUCAAAUAAUUUAUUUUUUAAAUACACCGACCUUCAUUCUCGUUGUCAUUCAAAUCUAAGUUUGGGUCAGAUAUAA